UUUAUCGUUCAAUUUUGUCUCAAUACAAAGCAAAUCGCAUAAGUCUCACUGAUACAAGGAAAACGUCUUCGAAAUGGCUCUCGAGCCCGCAAGUAUCGUCAGAGCUAAUCAUGAUGGAUGGAAAAUUGCGGUCAGGAACGCUCGCCUCAUAGAGGAUGGACAAGGUUCGGUAAUUCCCAAAUCACUUGUUCCAAAGAGAGAUGUUGCUACAACCUCACGAAGUGACAAGAACGGUGAAAUAAAGUUGCCACCACUGGUGUCAAAGACUAAAGACAGGCCUAGUUUUGCACGAAGAAUUUUUCAUCGAAACAAUCCUCAUCCUCGUAUCAACUUUCCUUUUCUUAAUGGAGACAGGUUAAAUACCUACAAGGUCUGGAGCGCCGACAUAGGCAUGGAACCACCACCAUUCCUUCGAGAAAAGUUUCCACCUCGUCCAAAACUGAAGCAAUCCACGAAUGCUCUAAAUGAGGGAUAUAAAACUGUCUAUCAGUUAGAAAUCUCAGAAAUGCCAGCCAGAUUGAGAUAUGGAGUGGAUGCAGUCAACUAUCAGCCACCAGAGUUAAUGAAACACUCACCAUAUGCUACCAAAUACGCCUGGGCCACCGAGGGCUUCAUGCGCGACACAUUUCCUUCCUUCAGACAUCAUGACGUGCCACCUGUCCCGAGUCGCAGUGACUCGGAAGCAAAAAAUACCUGAUAAUCUCGUCUACUGAAAUGAAUAUUACUUACUGUAAACGCGUCACGAUGUGUAUUAUUUUAAUUUAUACUUGCUUGUGUGUUGCGACAAUUUAGGUCCUUACAAUUUAACAUAUAGCUAUUAUUACUGUUCAUAUUGCUUCGUAGAGUUUUUCAAACAAAAGAUUACGUCGUAAAGUAAUAAAAGAGGUUAAUUUUAUUACA